AUGGAAAAAUAUGACACUGACAUCCCUCUAGGCUGCAAAGUUAGAAGUGGACCAUCAAAAAUUGACAAUUUCUCUCCCAGUAGUAACAUUUUUAAGCUGUGUGGGUUUGACAACUCCUUUCCGGAAAAUGAAGAGUCUGUGGAAAUAAAUCUCAAUGAAUCUGGGGAGAAUUCUCUUUCAGACACAGCUCUUCUAAUGGGAUGUUCACCGAAUUUUAACAACGAAACAGAUGGAAAUUAUGGCUUGACAUCUAGUAGUAUCAUGGAGGCGAGCGAACGCAAUGUCAACAUAGAUUAUCAUGGCUGUGAUGUUGAUAAUACAUCGCCACCCCGUAUGGUUGCGUCUCCAGAAGAGGGCUAUCUCGAAGGCGCUCAGUCAAAUAAUGUAAGUGAGGUAACAAGUUGUUCUUGUAAAUCUCGUCACCAAGGCAGGUUGCCAGAAUGCAAAGAUUCCCCCCAAAGUGUCAAAUGGACCAAUUUAUGCGAUCGUGUGCCUCGAAAGCCUCGCAUUAUUUCCAAAAGAACCCUUCAAAUUUCCAUGGAACCUGAGAAACGUUGGAGUGACUGUCAGGACUCCGUGCUGAGAAUUCAUGAAUCGUCAGAUUCUUAUUCCAGCUCCUUUUAUGAGAACCGUUCACCAGGUCCAUAUGCUGACGCCUUCAAUGACGACGAAUGUUCAGAAGACUAUUGCUCAUCAGUUCCUCCUUCAAGCCCAAUCCAGCCUUCUAGAUAUUCUGUCAGCUCAACUAAUAAGUCAUGCUCUUCGUGCAGAUACCUGGUGAAGAGAAAAGGUUCGGGGAAGUCCCAACAGGAACCCCUACUAAUCAAAGUUGGUGACUGUGAUGGAAAUUUAAAGGUUAACUUCGAACUUCCACCUCCUUCUAGCUCUCGUCACAAAAGACGUUUCGACGAAGGAAUUUUGUGUCGCGAUAAAGGCAACCCCGGCACAACACGCGAACUGGAGAGUUCUUGCGGCGACAGCGGAUUCGAGAUUAUUCUGCGCCAAAAGGAGGGAAAUCAAGUUCGACUUAAGGACGAUUCCAAAAAUUGUUUCACAGGAGCGAGUAACUCAGAGUGCCAGGUGAUUACGCGAACCAAGUCUUGCACCGAUGACUUCACUUUCUGCUGCCGACCCUGUAAGGGAAGAGCUGGCACCAAGUUGGGCCGAGGGGAGCCGUGUUAUCGACGAUACUCAUGCUCUACACUAGGUGGGGGCGUGAGUACUUCGAAUGCAUGGUUUGGUAACACCUAUACCCCAAUAUUGCGAGACAAUUGUGUUCAGACGUUUUCUGAACUGGAUAAACGCCACCAAUGGGUACAAUGCGUUGAAUUGUCAUGCCAAUCAACCGAUCAGUGUUGUCAAACUCCAGUCUCCACUUGCAGCGUGGAAUUUGAGUGUCAGCCACAGGUGAAGCAGAAUCCUUGCAAGGGAUGCAGGCCAUGCUCAAUCUGUUUCAUUCCACGCAACUGUUCCGCGGCUAUUCCUCGAUGGAGGUCCACCGUUGCUCAAAAGGGAUCCCCCUGUUGUGAUGAUGAUGCCUGUUCCACGGAGUCCAUCUAUAUUGUGCCUGAAAAAAAACCCAGUAAUGAUGGAGUGAGUAGCCAUUGUGGAUGUGCGCUUAAUCAUUGUGAAGUAGAUGUUGAAUUUGAUCCAGAGGUGACACCAAUCCUACCUGAGGACACAGACACAUCGACAAUCUCCUCGAGUAUAAUGAGACUUGGUUUAGCUGCGGCAAGUUCUCCAAGAUACAUCACACGAGAGGUACUGAUGAAAAAAUGA